AUGAUUUUGAAUUAUGGACGGACGCUUCUUCCUCUCUCGCUGAGCUCGCAUCUGGAUCCGCUGCACUAUUGUACGAAUACACCACGACAACCGAUCUCCCUGUGGAGGUCCAUCGUGCAGCAGCUGGCAGGCUCGCAUGCCCAUAUAGAGCAGAGUGCCUUGCCACUGAAAAUGGCAUUAGACAUCUCAUACCUUUUUCUCUGGAAACAUCCCAAUCGCCCACACGAAUUCUGGUGGCAACGGGUUCCCUCUCGGCAAUCACACCGCACACAUCAUCACAACCACAAGCACCAGCAGCACUGCAGACCGUGGGCUAACGUGACCAAUUGA